AGAUUGUGGCUCUAACUUCAUGUCACAGAUGUUCUUAGCUCUUCUCAGGUAGUUCAGGAGUUGCAAGUUAACCAUCAGGUCUCUAGUGCCAAUCACCCUGAGGCACAAGCUGCACUUGAAGGUUUCCAUCACACAUUUAAUAACAUACUGUACUUGCAAUGCAUGGAGACUGUCAAUGUGUAGGAGUCUCUCGAAUUUAGUCCACCUGAGCUUGUGUGGCUAAAUAUGGCAGCAGGAGUGUGAACAUACCCAUGUGUUUGUUAUGGGUUUUGUCCCUGUCUUUGGUAAGGGAGGAUAGGGAAGGUAAUUCUUGCUAUAUUUUGUGUAGGUUGUUUUUCUUUGCAGGUGAGCAAGACAGAAACAGAUGUGUAUCACAUGAUAUAACCACAACACACAGAGAGACACGGCAGGAGCGUUCAGUCCGUGGGAACGUUAUUCAGAACCAUGGAGGCGACUGAGAACGACGCAGACUUUGAGAACAUCUACAUGAACGAGGAUGAUGCUGACAAAACUUCUGAUCAGAGUGGAAUCUAUGACAGCAUCUACAUAAACACAACAACCGAGAGCCCAGGUUCUGCAGGUGCUUGUGAAAGGAGAAAGGUGAUGUUGAGUGACAUGGCUGCAGUGGCUCUGGGCAUCCUGUGUGUUCUCCUGCUGGCUGUAAUCAUUGUGCUGUGUAUACAACAUAACACAGAGCUGCAUCAGAUACAGAGCCACAAUGAGAACACGACUAGAGAGAGAGACGGCUUACAGAGCAGGUAUAACAUCUUAAACAUGGAGAAAGACCAGUUAAUGAAGCUGAACCACAAUCUGACUUCAGAGAGAAACCAGUUACAGAGCAGCUACGACACUCUGAGGUCUGAGAGAGAAGCAAUGCAGAAGAAGCUUAAAGAAACAGAGUUUUGUCCAUAUGGAUGGAGAAGGUUCUUGUCCAGCUGUUACCUCAUCUCUCCUGAUAAAAGAACAUGGGAGGAGAGCAGACAGGCCUGCAGAAAGAUAGGAGCAGAUCUGGUGAUCAUCAACAGCAGAGAAGAACAGCAAUUUGUUUCUGAAUUUGGCACGAACAUCUGGAUUGGACUGACUGAUCGUGACUGGGAGGGACAUUGGAAAUGGGUGGAUAACACAGCUCUGCAGUCUGGGUACUGGAUGAACAAUGAGCCGAAUAACGGUGGGCAUCGCCUUAGUAACGAGGACUGUGUUGAGCUCGUACCCGUCUCCAUCUCUGUAACAUCCAACUGGAACGAUGUGAACUGUAGCCAUGUCCUUUAUUCGCUAUGUGAAAGAUUUGGAGCCGAAGUCAAUAACAGACGAUAUUCCUUUAACAGACGUGUUCAUUAGUGCUGUAGGUUUAUAUCUGUGCACCGCUCAGGGUACAAAAAUUGAUUUCAUUUCAGCUCUGAAAAAGUCAAAAUAAUGUAAAUGUGUUGAUUCUGAAAAGCUAAAACCUAACGCUAUCACUCUGUAACGUCAGUCGUAUGUCUGAUGUGACGAAUUAAUAUUUAAUCAUGAAAUUACUUCAUUUUAUGUUGAUUGUCAAAUGGAAAUGUUUUAACCAGCAAAGAUUAAACGCAGCAGUGUGUACAGUACAGACGUGUUUUAUCUCAGCAGUGUGUACAGUACAGACGUGUUUUAUCUCAGCAGUGUGUACAGUACAGACGUGUUUUAUCUCAGCAGUGUGUAC